GGGCACUAAAGCCUGGCGGACAUGCAAAUAAAGUGUGAAGCCAAACAGUCAGUUAGCUUGACUGUAAUGACGUUAGCCUCCUGAAUGUUUUUUUAAAAAAAUUUUUUAACCAGCACUACCUAGCUUGGAUGUCCGAGAGUCUGAGAGACAACAUCCCCACACCGAGAGACAACAUCCCCACACCGAGAGACAACAUCCCCACAUUGAGAGACAACAUCCCCACACUAAGAGACAACAUCCCCACACUGGCUCGGACCCCGAAGCACCUCCGCUGUGACUCGGCCAGCGAAUCCCUUUAGUUGUCGGCCCGGCGGUCCCGCUGGUGAGUAUACUUAGAAGUGGUGAGCUACACCUUCACCUGGCUUCCACCUGACCUGCGCGCCCCCUGCCCCCGAGCGGGUCGUUGUGCUGCCGGCGGUGGAGUGGAGCACUCUGAUCCAAGAACUCACAAGGUGGUUUUUCGGUCUGGCGCCGCCUCCCCCUGGGGCCGGCGUGCGCUCCCAGCAGCCCGUGGUGCCCUGUGCCCCGCCCUCGCCCUCACCGCCCGCCAGAGCCCAUGUGCCAGGAGGAGGUGCGGUUCGUCCGCCAGGAGCCAUGUGCCUCCCUCAUACCAACAACAUGGACAACAAGCUGCAGGGGGCGGGGCCAGGGGGAGGAGCAUCACUUGCAUCCCGAGGCGGUGGUGUUCCAUUGGAGCCCUUCAUGCACCAGGUGGGGGGUCACACCAGUAUGAUGCGCUAUGAUGACCACACAGUGUGCAAGCCUCUCAUCUGCCGAGAGCAGCGCUUCUAUGAAUUUCUGCCUCCAGAGAUGAAGGAGUUCACCCCGGAGUACAAAGGCGUGGUGCUGGUAUGUUUCGAAGGCGAUUCUGACGGCUACAUCAACCUGGUGGCUUACCCUUACGGCGACAGCAACGUGGAGGUGGGAGCCGGCGAUCACGAGGAGCCUCCUGAGCGGGAGCAGCCCAGGAGGAAACACUCGCGCCGCAGCCUCCAUCGCUCUACCUCCUCUUCGGAACACAGGGAGGAGCGCAGUGACCGCGACACAGACCCCUCCGAUAACAAUCUUGUGGAGCUGAAGAGUCCCAGAGUGGAAGCCAAGAUCCACAUGGACCUUCCCUUCCAGAUGUUGGACUGGAACAGCGGUUUGAGCUUGGAGAAGAUCAGCCACAAUCCUUGGAGUCUCCGUUGCCACAAGCAGCAGCUCAGCCGGAUGAGGUCCGAUUCCAAGGACCGCAAGCUCUUCAACCCAGAGUUCCUGUUGUUGGAGAAUGUGGUCCACCACUUCUCGUACCCCUGCAUCCUGGACUUGAAGAUGGGCACCAGGCAGCACGGGGACGACGCCUCUGAGGAGAAGGCAGCCAGGCAGAUGAAGAAGUGCGAGCAGAGCACCUCGGCGACACUGGGGGUGCGACUGUGUGGCAUGCAGGUGUACCAGCUCAACACCGGCCACUACCUCUGCAGGAACAAGUACUACGGCCGCGGUCUGUCCAUCGAAGGCUUCCGCCAGGCCCUCUACCAGUACUUGCACGACGGACGGGGCCUGAGGCGGGACCUCUUCGAGCCCAUCCUGAGUAAGCUUCACAGCCUGAAGGUGGUGCUGGAGCGCCAGGCGUCCUAUCGCUUCUACUCGUCCUCGCUGCUCAUCAUCUAUGAGGGAAAGGACCCUGAGCCUCCAGUAGGUUUCAGUCGUGGGCAGGUUGUUGCUCGCCAAAAGACUACCGGGGGUCCGGAAGAGCCUCACUUUGGUCCCGCGCCCCCCGUACCUCCAGCCACCGACGCUCCCUGUGCCACAGACAUAAGCCAUGACAAGGAACCCGGCCAGCCGUCCAAUCAGGAACCUGCACUAAUGGCCACACCCUCACCUCGUCCUCCCCCGCCGGCCCCGCCCACAAAGCCGGCCUGCCACUCCGCCCCAUCGCCACACCCCCAUCAGGACUCCCCCUGCCCCGCUCCCAGUUUGAACCCCGUGCUGCCCGGCCCCUCACCAAAGCAGCACCCCCUGGUGGACGUUCGUAUGAUCGACUUCGCCCACUCCACGUUCAAAGGGUUCCGCGGUGACACGGCGGUGCACGACGGACCCGACCAAGGUUACGUGCUCGGGCUUGAGAGCCUCAUCCAAAUCCUGGAGAACCUACGGGCCGACAACCCGCAGUAACCGCGAACAAUCAGAGCGGAGGGCUCUGAUUAUGGAAGUGGGUCUCACAGCAUCGCCAUGGCAACAUGGGCAUUCUGCACUCCAGUAGUAACUAUAGCAACAUCCAUGGGGCGGGACUGUGGAGCUCAACUACUUCUGACUUGGACUUGAGGCUCAACACACACACACACACACACACACACACACCCUGGCCCCUAACCCACACUGUGACCAUCAUAGCGGUCAGUGCUGUCAAUCAAAGCCCCCCCCCCCUCCCCCUUGGUCACCAAACCUGCACUGUUGUUACCUAUGGACAUCUUUUAAAGCAAUAGAUGGCGGCCGGAGUUGGGGACUCUUCUCUCCCUCGCCAGGGAGGAGGACAGGGAGAAGUCUCCAUAGUUAGUCGCUCAAAACCAUCCUCUGGGCCGUGGCAUCAUUCACAAAUAGAUGGUUGUGAGGUGAAUUCCCAGCAAAGGCCACGUUACUCUCUCUCAGACACCACCCAGGAGCAUGCUGGAGUCACCGGAAGUGCUGCAUUUGGUGCACAAAUGAAUAUAAUAUAAUAUAUAGUGCGUCCCUCCCCUGCACCUCUUUCAAAGGGAUUUGUCGUUACCAAACUCAAGUUUUUUUUUUGUCGAGGUGAGCGUAUCAGAAAAAAAAGUGAUGUGAAAAAUCGAUCCUCACCGUAGUUUUAAACACAUUCGUACAAUAUUGUGAAAGGGAGCGCUCAACUGUCAAUUUAAAUGGCGCACUUCCUCCUCCUGUGACGUCACCACGCGUGCUGCCACGUGAUUAGUCCGGGCCAAUCAGACAGCUGCACUGUGCUCCCUUCAUCGGCGGUUGUGGAGGCGCUCUGCCGCUCCCUGCUGGUCAGCCACAAGAACUGCGGGAGCGGUUAUGAUUAAAAAAAGAGGGGCACACAUGAAUAGUUUAUUUUUGGUUUAUUGAGGUGAUAAUUUAUUUUUUUAUUGUACCUUUACCUGUACGUAAGUGGGUAAAUGUCUUAUAUUUUACAUGCCUCUCCCAAAGUGUAAAAAAAAAAGAGAUUAUGUGCUCAUUGAGUGAUCUAUAGGACAUUUCAGGGGAAUAAUAUUUAGCAGUAUUUUUGGAGCACACAUGUACUGUUGUCCACGCCCCGUCCAGCAGGGUGAGUGUGUCGUCUUUGUUUGGCCUCACACGACCUUUGCAAGCGUUGCAUGCACAGUUGAAACUAUUUCUAGUGAGUUCUCCACCACACGCUCCGACAUUCUAGUUCUUGUUCCUCCUCCUCCUCACGUGUAUGUGCUCAUCACUGUUGUCUCCAUUUAUUUUCUACAGCUGACACCAUCCCCACUGUUUGGUAGAACAGUGACAGUGAGAUUAAACCUUUCCAGAAGUU